AUGACUCCAGACGACGUGGGUGUGGAAGAGUCUGAGGUCGUCUCGAUCGAGCUGAACGAAAUGCUGAACGAGUACGGCAACGAAGAUGUUGCAGAAUCAGUCUCUGAAGCACUAGGCACACUGCUGGUAUCAUAUGUAGAAGAUGCCGUGUACGAAGGUGUGUAUGAGGCCAACGAAGAAGAAUCUGAAGAGGUUUCAGUCUCAGUAGCUGACGACGACUCUUCCGAACUAGUGGGCGUAUAUGAGGAGCCGUCCGUGGUCGAGGAUCUGGACAUGGUACGUGUGGAAGAACGACUCCGGGAAACUCUGGACUUCCUAGACCACGUUGAAGUCGAGGUUGACGAUGACGUGUAA